AUGUCUGGCUCAAUGACAUCAGGUCAGCAGCAGUCACAGGCAUCUUCACAUCAACCAGAGUCUUCGCUGUCUGACUAUCAUAGAAUCAAUGGUGAUUCGGAGUUAGCAGCUCUAGGAACUGAUACUGGUAAUGGAAUCGAUUCCAUUAUGGAUCAUCCUCCUACCCAAAAUGAGAUUACUUCACUUUUGGCUUCGUUGCCUUCGGGGAAUCAGUUAAUACCGACUCAGAAUAAGCACAGGUCACCCAUUAUUCCUACGUCACCCGCCGAAGGAGCAUCAGUUACAUCGAAGACAUCGCCAACCACACAAAUAGCAUCAGUAAGAAAUGAUGUCAUCCAUUCAACCUCCCCGGCAUCUGCGAUAGUUAGCAGCUCAAUGGUAGAUAAUCACCCUUCUCGAUCCGUACAUGGGGUGACCGUUCAACAUGAUAACGAAGAGAAUUCUUUACCCCCCGAAAAGAUCCAAGCUUACGCUUUAAUGGACUUUGAGAACUUUACCUUUUAUGUUCAAACCAUGCAGAUAUUGUUGGGACGGAUGGUGGAAGGUGAUAAGAACACCGAGGCUUUGGACAUACAUUUAGGCUCGCAGAAGGCGAUAUCGAGACGUCAUGCCAAAAUAUUCUACAAUUUUGGUCAUCAGAGGUUUGAAAUGACAGUUUUAGGACGAAACGGUGCAUUUGUGGACAAUUCUUUUAUUGAAACGGAUGUUACGCUACCCCUUCAUGAUAACACGAGAAUUCAGAUAGGUGAAACCAGGUUCAGAUUUAUUCUUCCAAGUGAGGACUCUGCCAAAAUCGGCGGGUUGCAAUCCCCAGAGCUGCAUAACUCGCCUAUAAAUCCCUCGCAGGCUGUUAAUUUGAAGACAUCGUUUAAUAGUAGUCAUAGUGGUAUGUCCACUCUGACGGUUUCCAGAGCCGCAUCUACAUCUCCCAACUCUGCCAAUGCUGCCGUUGCUCUUGCACGUAAACCUUCAAUGGAGACGAUCUCUUCGUCGAUGCAGCCAUCUCUACAACCAAGACAGUCACCACCACUCAUUUCGCAGGCUGAUCUACUUCGCACUACAAGCGCUCAUGCUGCACAGGCUCAGGCCAUUGCGCAAAAUGAAGCGUUCGCCAUUCAAAAGGGGUAUCUACCUGCCAGUUACUUAAGUGGAGCUUCUGCUUCACUGGGACCUAUUUCCACCUCUGUUUUAACUGCCCAACAGCAACAGUAUGUCUCAUCGUUGCAACAAACACCCUACAAUCCGCAGACGCAGAGUGUACCUAAACUGGGAAAGGAGUUUAUUGACGAGCUUCGAGCUAAUGCAGAAGCUUCUGUAAUCAGAAAGGAAGAGGCUAAAGCAGCGGCAGCUACCACAACAAGUUCUUCAUCUGAUACGGCUGUUAGCGGCCACAUCCUUUCUCCGGCAGCAUUGACUCAGCUUACUCACAAUACAACUUCAUCUUAUGUUGCAGACCAAGCUUUCCACUCUGCUCUUACACCGGAUUCAGAGCCAGUGAAAACAUCUGUUCCUCCUCCAGCUUCAGCUUUGGCAUCAGCUUCAAUUUCGUCUUCAACUUCAACUUCAACUGCAACGUCAGCGCCUGCGUCGAGGCUGAUGUCUUUAUCACCUCCGCCUUCGAACUCUGCAAAGAAAGAAAAGAAGAAACAACGUACCAAAAAGGUGUAUACAUUGGAAGAAAUUCCUAUACAAUAUAGAAAAAAGCCAACCCUUUCUUAUUCCAAGAUGAUUACCGAAUGUCUUCGGAGAUAUGGAACUGCUAGAGGGAUGUCACUCUCCGAAAUUUAUCAUCAAAUUCAGAAAAUGUACCCCUACUAUCAGUACUGUUCGGACGGAUGGCAGAGCUCUGUUAGACACAAUCUGUCAAUGAAUAAUGCAUUUAUCAAAGUUUCCAAGGAAGGUAAGGGAUGGCUUUGGGGACUCGAUGAAGGAAUUGCUGCCGAGAAGGAAAGAGCAAAAGGACAUAAUAAAGAGAACAGCGAUACUAAGAGAUCACCAUCGCCGGCACCAAAGCUUUCCGGCGAUACGAAGAGGGCUUUAUCAUACUUACAAAAGGAGUUGGUUCGUCUCACCAAAGAUCGAAAGAUGUACGAUAAGGUUACGACUACCCAAAUUUUGACACAGGCUCUAGCGAUGACGAUAGCUCAGGUGGACCAAGCCGCUAAAAAUGCUGGUAUUAAAGGUUCGCCACUGUUGACUCUAAUUGACAAGAAUCCAAAACACGUAACGAUGAUUUUGAGUGCGGCAUUGAAUGCGGCCACCAUUCAGAUUGCCCGUAGGAACGGUCUAGCAAUUCAGGAGCACGAGGCCUUGCACAAGUCAGAGAUAACUUCCCAUGUAUCAGCGUCCACAGUCAAAUCCCCAACUACCCAGAUCAGGACUUCUUCUGCCAGUUCAGAAAUAAAGAUGCCGCAAUACUACGGGAACUCUACACCGAUGAAACAUACAUCAAAGCCCGCUACGUUCACUAUACGUCCGGUGAGACCCCCGGUACCUUCUCUUUCAAAAAAAAGAAUAUCUAUUGAAGAUCUUCCUGAAAAGUUUCGCCAGUUUGCCCGUCCUACACCCCCCAUACAGGCGAAGCCGACCAAAGAUGAAAAGGUCAUUGACAACGAUCCGGAGGAUGAUGAUGAUUUCAACAGGAUGCUCGAUAGCCUUGAAGAACAGAAUAGCAAGGAGCAGAACAGACUCAAAGAACAGAGAGAAGCCCUUACCAAACUUAAAAGACAUCUCGAUGAAGGUCAGUCUACAGAUGGCAGCAACAAAGCUCCUAAAUUAGAGUGA